CACCCACAACUCGCACACAGAUCAACAGUCGGGUCACAAGUGGAAGUAGAAGAGUAGAGAAGUGAAUGACACCUCUGAAGCUGCGUCAAGACCCUAUCAACACCAGCAGUUAGCCCCAUGACGUCCCCUCUCAGUUCUUCUUCCUCCGCCGUCCACGGCGAACUUUCAUCUCACUCGGAGCAAAGCCGACCGGUCGCGAAGAAGAAGCGCAUCUUCAUCUCACUCCGGUUUGGCGAGGCGCACGAAGCGGCAAAGGAACUCAAGCAGGCGCUGCACGAAGCGUGCCAUGAUGUGGACGUCUUCCUGUGUGAUGUGCCGCCUGGCGACGACAUCUCGGAGGAGAUCAUCACAGCACUGACAGACUGUGACCUGGCUGUCAUCAUGGGCACAAAGACCUACGGAAAGAAGACGGCCUCCAAGUUCAGCACCUUCGAGGAGCUCAGGUUCAUCAUCAACGAGGAGAAGCCCUACUUCCUCAUCAAGAUGUGUGACGAGUUCCAGGUCAAGCAAACACGCUUCCGCCUCCCCGCCGACAUCUCCUACUUCCUCUGGAACCCUGAUUGUGGCACACCGGCGCAUGGCACCGCCACGACACCUCGCCGCUUGGCACCACCCGCAGAGCUUGUGCCGCAGAUCCUGAAGAAGUUGGGCGCUGUCACUGGUGCCGGGGACGCGGGCACAGCGGUGUCCCCUCGCCGUGCGCCGCCGCGAUUGGACGCCGAGCUCACCCCGUGGCUCGAUAAGUAUAGGCUGCUGGGCACCGUCGGAUACGUUCUUGAGCGCCUGGGCAUCACAAACCUGAAGGCCCUUGAGCAGGCCACGCAAGCUCUGCGCAACACGCGCCAGCGUGCGGUCCUCCGCCGUGAUGCCGAGGCAGCCGCUGGCAAGCGCAAGCACAAGCACAAGCACAAGCAACGUGGCAAGGGGGCCAGGGCCGCGUCCCAUGCAAUGGCAACAGCAUCGAACGGAGGCCGCCAGGGUGAACCCGCAUCCACGCAGCUGAUCGAGGACAUGCUGAGGCGCGAGAAGUACGACGCGAACAACAAGUUGCCCCCAGCUGUGGUCGCGCGAUUUCUGCGAGCGUGUCGAGCACGCACGUGGCGCGGGAUCACGAAGCGCGCGCAAAAGGCAGGCAAAGCAGGCAAGGCGGCGAGAGCAAAGGCAGCCGGUGCUGAGGGCGAGGAGGGUGGAGGGGAAGGCGAUGGUGACACGGACGGCGGUAAUGUUGGAGUUUAUGGUGUGGACAGCACGGCAGAGGAUGGCGUCCUCAGGGAGGACGAUGCUGCUGCUCUGGCCAUGGUGGAUGGCGAUGAGCAGCAGGGGGACCCAGCAAACGGAGAGCACAGCGACAGCCCCAAGGCGGUGCAUGAGCAUGUUGCAUCGAAGCCGGCGGGGGUUGCUGACGAGCGCGUGUUUCUCGAGUGUUUUGAGCGGAUCAAGGACGAGGCCGCGUGUAAGCAGAUCAUCCUAUCAAUCUGGAACAACACCAGCGACGAAGAGGAAGCCUUUGUUGACGACUUCACACUUGACAUGGCGCGUGCGCUUGGCGAGGCGUUGAAGGGCAACACGACCGUUAAGGAUCUCGAUCUCAGCACCAUUGAAAUUGACGGCGAACAAGCACGGGCGAUUGCGGCUGCGCUUCCGUUCAACACCACACUCGAAACCCUCAAUAUGGAAGGAAACGAGAUCGGGCCAGAUGCCGCAGUCGCCAUUGCCGACGCUCUCAAGCGAAAUACUUCCAUCGUUGAAUUGGAUUUGGAAGACAACGGAAUAGGACCGCGCGGCCUGAAGGCCAUAAGCGAAGCGCUCCAGGAGAACACAACGCUUCAAAUCCUCCUGUUGGGCGAAAACGAUCUCCUUGGUGUGCCGGAAGACGCAGAGUCGGAUUCGGAGGCCGACAUCUCUGGUGUGAAGGCGCUGGCUGAUGCGCUCAGGGUCAAUCGAACGCUCCUCUGUCUGAGUCUUCGGGACAACGUCAUGACAUCUGAAGCUUGGCGCCUCAUCUGUAACACGCUUGCCAUCAACCAAGGCCUGGCAGAAAUCGACCUCUCUGAAAUUGAGAUCACCGACACGGAAGCGCGCCAGCUCCUGCGCGCUCUUCGCGUCAACCGCCGCAUCAUCGAGCUCGACGUUGACAUGGACGAAGUGUCAGACGGGUUGGACGAUCGCAUCAUGACCGUCGUCGAGCGCAACGAAGAGCGGCAGGAGGCGCUGGGGAGUCUGCUCAAGCUCGGCUCCGUGCCGCUGUCCACGGCCAAGGUGUUCGUGUGCGGACAUCAAGGCAUCGGCAAGACGACACUCAUCAACACGCUGCAGGCGUCGCCGUCAUUUUUUGCGACGCUGUUCCGGCGCCGGCGCAAGGUGCUGGACGAACCAGACCACCCGGAGCAGCGCACGCCGGGGAUUGAGAUGCACGACUUUGCGCUGCGGCGGAAGCGGUCGUCUGCGAGCGUUGUGCUCACGGCAUCCACGUCAUCGUGUGCGCCCGAUGACCCAAACGCCAGCGCAGACUGGCUGCACGCUGGCACGGACAGCGACAGAGAUAACGACAGUGAUGAGGACGAGGGCGAUGACGAUGAUGAGAACGGUGGCGGCAGUCGUGCCUCGACCUCCAGCAAGAGCGCACCCCGCUGCAAGCUGCGCGUGUAUGACUUUGCCGGGCAGACGGAGUACCACGUGGUGCACGAGCUGCUGUUUGCGGACCACAACGCCGUCUUUGUCGUGUGCGUGGACCUGUCCAAGGACAAGGCCACCGUGGAGGAGUCUGUGCUGUAUUGGCUCCGCUUCAUCAAAACGCGCCUCGCACAGGCCGUUCACCGUUCGCAGCACCCACCCCACGUCUUCGUUGUCGGCACGAAGGCAGACAAGGUGCACGAGCAGAACGCUCUUGCAUCCACGCCCGCCGCUACCGCCACCAACAGCGCCGUGUCCCCGCCGCCGCAGCUGUUCCCGGCCGGCGACGGGCUGCUGCACAGCUCGCGGCUGCGGGAGUGGUUUGGCGACGCCAUGCGCGUGCACCCGUUCCUGGUGCCGCUCCGCUGCCACGACGCACGGGACGCCGGCACCCAGCACCUGCGGGACCUGCUGCACGCGGCGUGGGUGGAGGUGACGCAGCAGGAGGUGAGGGUGCCAAAGGUGGUGGAGCUGAUUGCACGUGGCAUCCGCGUGUGCCGGCGGCAGGACGAAGGGCCGUGGCCGGUCGCCAAAUUAUUCGCUGCCAUCAAGGAGCGCGUUGCCGAUCUUCGCGAAACGCUCGAGUUUGACGAGUCCGUCCUGCGCAAAACACUCCGGUACUUGCAUGUGCGCGGUGAUGUGCUGUGGUUUCACGCGGUUCCAUCGCUUGCCGACCAGAUCUUCGUGUCGCCUCCGUGGCUGCUGCGUCAGGUCGUUGGUCCAUCGCUCGCGCCGGAGCGGUUCCCACAGCAUCUGCACACAACCAACGGCCGCGUCACCUUCAGCGAGUUUGAGUCCAAGCUCGGGCGCAUCAUGCCCGCGGACACCGUGGUGGAUGUGCUUGCAAGCAUGCUGUUGUGCUUUGAGGAAGACCAGGCCGUUCACAACAGCAGCGAGCGCCACUUUGUGCUGCCGUCGCGGCUGCAGUGGGACCCUGAUCGCCUGUGGAAUCCUGCAGACGCCAGCAUGGACGUGUACGCGGGCCGCGGCCUCGUCGUGCCCCGAGAGUCUGGCAUGGUGUUCCCUCCGGGCGUUUUCCCGCGCAUUCAAUCGCGCAUGGUGCAUUGCUUCGGCGCCGGCACCAGCGUGUGGCAGAACGGCUUCAUCACGCUGUUUGCCCCCGUCGAGCUUUACGGGCGCAUCAUCGGCGAUGAGCGCAUCGAUCUCUGGGUGCGCUGCCCAAGCAAGUUCAAGGAGGACGCCUGGCUUGCUCUCGACAUGAUGUUGGCUGAGGUGGAGGAAGAGGUGCAAGGGAUUGACUAUGACCAUCUCGUCCUGAGCUACGUCCACCUCUCGUGCCUCCACCCGUUCCCUGCCGGAUACGCGCUUGCAGACGUGGAGGAUGCAGCACUCGCUGGUGAGACGCACAUCUCCACAAUGCUGCCCAAUACGUCGCCAGCGCACACCACAUCACCGGGCACGCUGACGGACGAGCUGGACAACUUGUUGCGUGAGGACCUGUUCUUGAAGCCGCUUGCGUUGGUGCAAUGAGAAAGUGGGGAAUUGGGGCAAGGAUGCAGGGUUCUGGUGUUCUUGGUUGUGGCUUGCUUGGAUGCAGCUUUGCAUGAUUUCUUUGGUGUGAGUGAGGAGGGAUGGGGGAGGGUAAGUGGCUGUGUUGUGAUGAAUGUGAUGAGCGUGAUGGAUGUUGAGUUUCAUGUUGAUGACAACCAAGGUUUCGAUCAGUACAUUACAAACAGAAAUGAG